CAUUACACGAGAUUUCAUUUUUUUUUUUUUUAAUAUUCCUGCUUUAAAUCAGAUUGUGGUUAUGUUUAAAAAGAAAGACCCACAGCAGCAGCAACAGGCUGCAUUGGACGAGAUACAUGAAAAUAUGAGUUUUUCUGUCAACAAAUCAACUUCUUCACUCAGUCCCACAGACCACCCUAUACCCGUCACCCCAAAAACCCGCUGGGCCAGUUUUUACCAUGCCACCUACCUCAAGGGCUUGGCAACACGUUUGCUCUCACUCGUCAUCAUUCUAGCCGUUCUUAUUGUCAUUGGCAUUGGCUUACUCUAUACCGACAAUUUACCCAAAGAAGAGGACUUUUCUCACUUGUCAUUUGACUGGAAAAUAAACCCAAGUUCUUAUUUGACACCAUGGAAUGCCUCAUUUCAAUACAAUGUCCUGCUGAACGGUCAUGCUCAUUCCACUUAUAGUGACGGAAAAAUGAAUGUCCGGCAAUUAUUAGAUUGGCAUUUAGCAAAUGGUUAUAAUGCUGUCAUGGUCACUGAUCAUAAUACGAUCCGAGGAGGACUUGCAGCGGAGAAAUUAGCUUUAGCAGAAUACAAUCAAUCCAUCGUUGUGAUACCUGGUAUGGAAUACAGUUGUUGCAGAAUACACAUGAAUUUCAUUGAUAUCAAUGAGACCAUCCCCACAACUUCUCCUACUCCCUCCGAUGAAGAACUACAACGUGUCAUUCAAAAAGUGCAUGAUUUGGGUGGUCUCGUCAUUGUCAAUCAUAUUCCUUGGAGUAAUACCACAGAAUUUGGAUACCAACUUCCCAGAUUACCCAACCAUCCUUCUCUCGACCAAUUAAUUAGUUGGGGUGUCGAUGGCUUUGAAAUAAUUAAUCAAGAUGUCUUUGAUACACCUACCUAUCAGGUGACCGCCCAAAGAGGUCUUAUACAGAUGGUCGGUCUCGACAUUCAUCAUCCGUCCGUUGGCGCACAGACAUGGCUUACCCUCCAAGCCGCCAAUUUCACAAAAGCUGCCAUCAUGCAGGAAAUUCGUGCUAAACAAACUUCUUUUUUAUUUGACCCUGCCGGAACCCCAACCCGUGUUUACGUGGACUCCCCUUCUAGUUACAAGUCCUUGUUGCCUCUCACCUUGUUAGGUUCUUAUUUUAGCAUGUUUUAUUCUGUCAGUAAAGGCAUGUAUAGUUUUCAAGGCACGUUUUGUCAGCCCGAGGUAUUUUCAAUCAAUGGCAGUGUCAUUGGCUGGUUUAUCUUUUGGAUCAUUAUCUUUAUCAUUGUAUUUGAACUCACCCGAUUAUUUACCAUUUGGGCAACUCAAAAGAUACUUAAAAAAUCAUAAAAAAAAAAAAAAAAAAAAA